UUGUUUACUUUCGCUUCACAGCUGAUUUGGAGUCGAUUUCGGUUGCUCUUGUUCGAUUAGUGGAUAGUUUUGUAAUUUUAAGUGGAAUUAUUACUUAAACCUGCAGAUUUUAUCCAUUGAACUUUCCGUUUUAAAAUGGAUAUUGACGUGCAAGUAAUCAAAAAGGCCAAACGACAUACGCGGGAGGAGUUGACAGCCUUUACCCAACAGGAACUUGUCGAUAGAAUUGUGCAACUGGAGUCCCAGAACUUCCAACUUAAGAAUAUCAUUCAGAAGGUUACUGGAAUCAAAAACGAUGAACCCAAAUCGAAUGAUAAAAAGCAACGGAAAUUCGAUUUCGCAAGCUGCCACAAACGGCACAUUCUUCUGAGGUUCUACUAUCUAGGAUGGGAUUAUCAAGGCUAUGCUUCGCAGGAGGACUCAGCCCGAACAAUUGAACAUCUACUUUUCAACGCACUGACACGCGUUUGCUUAAUUGAGAAUCGUGAGACAUCUAACUACCAUCGAUGUGGCCGAACGGACAAAGGAGUAAGUGCCUUCCACCAGGUGGUUAGUUUGGAUGUCCGUUCUAAGUUUGCCCCUGAGAAUCAGCUCGAGCCAGAAUCGAUCGCAAACGAAAUCAACUACUGCCAACUUUUGAAUCGAGUUUUACCGCAGGACAUUCGCUGCGUAGCAUGGAUGCCAAUGGUAAAUCCAAACUACAGUGCCAGAUUUGACUGUCGCUCGAGAACGUAUCGUUACUUCUUCCCCCGAGGUAGCUUGAACAUCGAUGCUAUGAAAGAAGCUUGUACGUUUUUAGUGGGAGCUCACGACUUCCGAAAUCUCUGCAAGAUGGACGUGGGCAAUGGAGUUGUGACAUUCACCAGAAGAAUAUCGUAUGUUUCCAUUGAGGAUUCGCAAAGUGACGCCAAGGAGUCUCCAUACGAUAUGCUUUAUCUUGAAUUACGAGGGAAAGCAUUCUUAUGGCAUCAGGUUCGGUGCAUUAUGGCUGUUUUGUUCUUGGUUGGAGAGGGCAAGGAAGAGCCGUCAGUGGUCAAAGAACUGCUUGAUGUCAAUAAGAAUCCUUGUAAACCGCAGUACAGCUUAGCCAGUGAUUUGCCUUUAAAUCUGUACGAGUGCGAAUAUCUAAACAAAGGCACUUUUGACCCGAAAAGUUUCGAUAAGAGCGCACCAGUGCUGGAAGAUGACGAAGAGAUCGCAGGCGAUUCGGAAUUGCGAGAUUGGGUGUAUGAAGAGGAAAGUCUUUCACGGACGAUUUCAGAACUACAAGGACUGUGGGCUUGCAACAGUAUCAAAUCUACGAUGUGUCGAGAAAUGCUUAAAAGUUUACAAGACAUCUACGAUCAACAGUAUCCUGAAAAUGUCAUUCAAAAAUGUCAACAUGCGAUUCUUGUUCAAGGAGUGCAAGCACGAGACUAUACGCCUUUGAUGGAGCGCAAAAAAUGUGAAAGUCUAGAAAGUCGUAUCGACCAUUACUCGAAAAAGCGCCGGAUCCAGGUUAGCUCCAAAGACGCGACAGAUGAUGCACCGAAGAACUAGACAGAGCCGUAGACGGUUUAACCUACUCACGUAUGCAAACUGACCAAGUGAGUGACGGAGAUAAACUGAAAACUGAAAUCACACUCAAAUCCACGAGGUGAAGUCAUCAAUAUUCAAAGCAGGUAUGUUCAGAGUACAUCGUUAAAAUGUAAAAUGCGUGCUAAUGAAACUUUGGCGAUGAAAACGAAUGAGUGAAAUCUGUACUUUAUUAUCAUUGCAUUGUUGUUACCUCAAUAAAGUUUUGUACAAACAUG